AUGAAAUUACUCGUAUUAGAUAGUGGAGCUUGUUUUUCUGAAGCAUUGGCCAAUCUCUAUGAGAUUGAUGACGGCAAAUUAGAUCCAAAUCAGCUCGUUGAAAAUCUUCCAGCAACAUUGAAAAUUGAAAGAUCUGAUGCAUCAUUGCUUCUAUCACAUUUGGAAUCGAUCGAAAUUCAUCUUGUCGAACAAACUUCACGUGGUCUCUUCAAGUAUGUCGAUCAGCCGAACAUUGAACAAGCACUGAAUCGAAUCGGAACAUCGAUCAUUGACGUGGCUUCCAGUGAGCCCAAACGACGACUAGAACCAUUGUUGAUUGCUGAAGCUUGUCUAAACAUGUUAUCUUAUUUAUUUUACGAUGCUCCAAAGUCACUGCGAAUUCCAAAACCAUCACAAUCACAAAAAUGUCUAUUGCUUGGCUAUGGUGCUAUUGGACAAGCAAUCGGUCAUGCUUUAAUCCGUCCUGGUGACUUGGACAUCUUUUCCAAAGGUUCAGUUAAAGUCUGGGAUCGAGAUGCUUCUAGACGUCAAUUAGCACAAGACGAAGGUUUGGAAAUAUUCGAUAAUUGGGGUAGCAAAGAAGAAUUCGAUUAUGUGAUUGGUUGCACGGGUCGUUGCUCAUUACCAAUGUCGUCUUUCUCAUUACUACGUGAUAAUGCCUACUUGAUAAGCGUAUCAUCUGGAGCCAUCGAAUUUCCAUUUCACGAAAUGGUUCAACGUGCAUUGUCCGACACUGAAAUCGACCUAUCCAGUGCUCAAAUCAAUGAGUUUACAAGUGAAGAUAUUCAUCGUAAUAUUGAAUUUCGUAUUGACAAUCGACGAAAGCUGACUGUUGUCAACGGUGGAAUGCCUAUUACAUUUGUAGGAAUUCUAAAUGCUGCAUUACCAGAAAAAUUCGAUGUCACUGUAAGCUGUAUGAUAGCAGCAAGUAUUCAAGCUGUGCAUACAAAUCAGCAAACAAGCGAUCAAAAUCGAAUUAUACCGCUUGAUUCAACAUAUUCAGCCUUGAUUUGUGAUUGGUAUAAGCCUUGA